GAGAAAAUGGAAGCCUUGGACAAGUUUCAAGUUUUGUUUAAGUCGAUUAAGAGAAGUGGAUCACAUGCAUUGGAUGAAAAAUUGGAAGUAGAUGCAGCCAGUCCAAGUCAUCAACAGAAUGUUGCACCAAAGAACACACAAGAAGCUGAUCCAAGUAGUCAACAGAAGCAUCAACGUAAUAGAAUUGAUGUAGACACACUGCGAGCACUAAUUGAAAGCAAAGGUCCGAGUAUAUUUAAGGAUUAUGAAGCUUCAGGAAUGCUUUCAGAGACAUCAAAAAAACUCCUUGUGAAGAUAGGAGUCAGUGCGUUGGUGGAACAAAGUGGAUUUUACCCUUGUAAUGAAGAGAAACGGAUGAUGGCAGAAAGUGUGGUGACACUGUUUCCUUCUCUGAAGAUCAAGAUGGGAGAAGAGAAUGAAGGAUUUGAACAUUUCUAUGACCCAGUCUCCCACAGUGGAUUUAUUGAGAUGAGACUUAGAAAUCUACGGAGGAAACUUCAUGAUGAUCAGCAUCGCUACCAGCGCAAACGUAGUCGAAUCAGUGAUUCCUCUGGAGCAUCUAUCACUUUGGAAAUAACUGCUGAAGGGGAGGAGGACUCCUCUCGGGAGCGGAUGACUGUGAUCAAAAGGAUGAAACCAUCUCCAGAAAACCUCAAUAUCAUCAAAUUGGGCAUCGAGAAAACAUACAGUAAUCGCAGGUUAUGGGUUGCAAACAAGUCCCCAACAGUGAAAGAGAUUUUUGAACAAUAUCCUCGAAUUUGUAGACAUGCCAUACUUGGUAAGGACUUGUGUUUUGCAUGGCUUUUCCUUCUAGCUAGGUAUGAAUAGACUUGUCAGCAAAGGGACAUGGCUGGUAGAUAUUAAUUAAGUCCACAUGAAUUCAAAAAGUUUUUUUAUUAUUUUUUUG